AAAAAUAUGCUCCACUUAUAAGUGUUUAAAGCUUUUCACAAACAUAUAGUCAUAAAAAUUUUUAGAUUAAAACACAGCUCUUAUCGAAAGGCUCACAACAACCGAUAUUUCAUUGAAGACUGAAAUUGAACGGAAACCAUAAAAUUGAAAGCCAUAGAUAUCAUAAAUACACAUCGGAUGAGCGCCAGGAUGUCCUUCGAGUGGAAAAUUUUUUGCUUCUUUCUUACGAUCCUUACAUUAAGUGCUUUGAUCGCAGCGGACAAACCCGUGACUCCCUGUGCGGACAAAUGCCGGUGCUAUGGGUUGGGCCAGAAUCGGCCUGAGAUGGACUGCACGCGAAGGAACCUGACUUCGAUCCCAUCAGCGGCUGAAUGGCCGGACAAUAUCUACGCUCUGGACAUGAGUAUGAAUGAACUGAAGCGGAUCGAUGUGAUGGACUCGAGCGAUAAGUUAGAGUACUUGGAUUUGGCCUCAAAUGUCAUCGAAGCCAUAGAACCCAAUGCUUUCCAACACUUGACUCAAUUGCGAGGACUGGACUUAAGCCACAACGGGUUGGUUAGCUUACCCGCAGACCUCUUCACCGAACAGUUGCUGACACUUAAUCUCAGCCAUAAUAACAUCGAAUUACUUCCUCCGGAUCUGUUCAAGAAGUGUAAAUUUCUGCAAGAAUUACGCUUAGCUCACAAUCCGCUCAGAAUUCUCGACUCAGAUCUCUUCAGAUAUUCCUCACAACUCAAGACAUUAGACUUGUCGGCCAUCUCGUCGUUCGCACUCAAAGAUGACAUUUUCCAUCAGCUCUUUGAGUUGACAGAUCUGGAUCUGUCGGACAACGACUUCAUGUUAAUGCCGACCAUUCCGUUGAGAAGUGCCAGAAGUCUUCAGGUGUUAAAGCUGAGCGCAAACCCAAUCCGAGUGCUGGACGAGCACUCAUUCGUGAAGAUGAAUACAUUGACUGAACUAUAUUUGGAUGAUAUGAAGGAAUUGAUUGAAAUCAAAGAGAAAACUUUCUCCUAUUUAUAUAAUCUGCAGAAGAUUUCCAUUAGUAAUAAUCCUCACUUGUCUUAUAUCGAUAGCUAUGCCUUUUACGGCAUAUUUAACAGGAGUUGGAUUGCCAUAAAAGAAGCAAAUUUCAGGGCUAAUAGACUGUCAUCCCUUCCAGAGAAUACUUUGCCUUUUUGUAAUCUGACAAGUCUUGACUUAAGAGAGAAUCCGUGGACUUGUGAUUGUCAUCUACUUUGGGCCAAAUAUUGUCACUUAAGACCAGAGCUCACGCACGGAAUCAUUUGUGCCAAUCCAUCCCAACUGAGAGGACAGGACCUGAUUAUGAUAGACCACCACAACAUACACUGCGAAAGCCAGAUGUAUAGAGAGACCAGAGCUCACGCACGGAAUCAUGUGAGUAGUGAUGAACUACUCAUCUCAUUAUACAUUCGUUACACUUAUCUAUAUUGUGCCAAUCCAUCCCAACUGAGAGGACAGGACCUGAUUAUGAUAGACCACCACAACAUACACUGCGAAAGCCAGAUGUAUAGAGAGGUCCGAAUGAUGAGACUCUUCGUCAUAGUGUUCGUUUGUGCCAAUCCAUCCCAACUGAGAGGACAGGACCUGAUUAUGAUAGACCACCACAACAUACACUGCGAAAGCCAGAUGUAUAGAGAGGUCCGAAUGAUGAGACUCUUCGUCAUAGUGUUCGUGUCGUUCACAAUCUUCUUCAUUGGACUCCUAUUUGCUUUGUUCAUUAAACGCGAUGUUGUCAUGAGAUGGUGGGACAACCGAAGAAUGCGAGGCACAGGUGCCAUAUACUACACUAAGGCUCACUCCAACCCCAUUGAACCUGAAUUUUAAAUUCGGUUCACUUUUUCAUACACUA